AUGAGGAGGCGAUGCGUACGCCGCUGCGUAUCUGAUAUUGGGACGGGAACGAAGCCGGUCGGCGUGUUCCGAGCUGUGGAGGAGCCGAGAGUCGACCACAAAACCGACGAUGCUGGUAAGGCGACAAAGUACGCUGGCUGGCACUGCAACUGGCAGAGGCAGGUUGGGAUGGGCCUGUCAGGAACACAGUUAGGCACAGAAGGCACAGAAGGCACAGAGAUGAUUGCUUUUUUGACGCGGGUCGCGAUUCCUCUUGCUUCAGAGGUCAAAAAGUCCAAAUGA